ACCGUUUUGUCUACCGAAGAGGGAUAUGAAAUAACUGUGGGCUGUUUGGUUUCUGUUCAAGCUGAAUGUCAGACUUCCCUUUUUAAAAACGGUUCUUAUCCCAUAUGCAAAAUUGCAUGCAUGAAUUCAUGCAUAAAAUAAACAAUUGUGUUGAUUUAUUAAUUGCAAAAAAGCAAGCGUUUACUUUAAUUACCUGUUUUGACAUCUUAUUGAGGGUCGCUUUGAAAACGAGUCCAGCUUUCUCUAUUUGAAGGGGAAGUUCUUAUAAUCAGUAACCAUCAGUCAUGGGCAUGUGAGGAGUGCUCACUGGAGUGCUCUGAACUUUGUCUCAUUUUAACAUCAUUUCACAUGUUUGUUUCGUCACUGGAAGGGCAGAUGGAUUCGUCUUUAGAGAGCUCCACUUCAUCGACCGGUAACCCGGUGCGCUGUCGGUGUCGGACCUGUAAGAUCAUUGUGAUUGGAGAUGCUGGUGUCGGGAAGACUUGCCUGACGCACCGCUUCUGCACCGGACAGUUUCCCAGCAGAACGGAGGCUACAAUCGGGGUGGAUUUCCGUGAGAAACUUAUUGAUUUAGAAGGCGAGAAAAUUAAAGUACAGCUGUGGGACACGGCUGGUCAGGAGCGUUUUCGUAAAAGCAUGGUGCAGCACUACUAUCGCAAUGUGCAUGGAAUUGUCUUAGUCUUCGAUGUCACUAACCCCACUAGUUUCUGCAAUAUUCCCAUGUGGAUGGAUGAAUGCCGUCAGCACUCUCUUGGACUGGAUGUACCCCGUGCUCUCGUUUGCAACAAGACCGAUCUGGUCACUUCGUCUACUGCUUCUGUGUUAAUCGAUCAGGCUCAACAUUUGGCCGAAGUCCACGGAAUGUCUUUUUAUAUUACUUCAGCCAAAGGUCACAAAGGGGACUCGGUGGACAGCAUCUUUGUGACGUUGGCACAGAGGUUAAAGAGCCAGAGACGGGAGAGUGUGAAUGAAUUGGUGUUACAGUGCAGAUCUGAGAGCUUCAAUAUCCCAGGAAAAGUCAUAGCACAGGAGAGCAAGAAGAAAUGGACCUGCGUCUGCUGACAGAUUAAUGGUCAUUAUAGUUAUGUGCUUAUUUCAGUAGGUUCUCUAAAUAGGGAUAAAAAUAGCAGUAUGAACUUUGAGAAUAACAGAUCAAUGGUCUUGAAGGUAUGAAGACUGGUUUAAAUGCCAAUUGAUGUUUGGAUUUUUAUUUUCAUCCGACAUCUACUUCAGACAACAUUAUCUGUAAGAAGCAAUGCCUCAUAAUGAUGAGAUUUGAUUUAAUUUCCAGUUUCUUUGGAGGCUUGCUGCUGAUUUUGCUCCUUUGCUACUUUUUGCAGACAGCAUCCAGAGUAACUUCUUGUCAAGGAUUAUGUUGGACAUUAAUUGAGGCUGAUGGUUAUCAGUUUCCUCUUAAAUAACUUUCGUACAUGCCCAGUUUUCAACCACUUUCAACACCUUUACCUUGGAGUUAUGAGACUAAUGUGAACCUUUUUUCCUGACAGCUGAAUCUUCACUUGUACGUACUGCUCUUUGUGCUGGGUCAAAGCUAUAGUGACCAUCCACAUCCAUGUAGCUCAGUUUAAAUAUACUGUAUAUACAGGUAGCAAAUUGUUUGUAGAAUUCAAUAAACAAAA